AUGCUGAGUUUGUUUGCGAAAGGUGGUCAUGCCAUUGGAGCCGGUAUCGUUGUAAUGAUUGUGACAUUAUGUUUCGCAUUUAUUGCCAUUGCUGAAUUCCUCCUAUUAAUAAAGGUUCAUCGUUUAUAUCGUCAAACAGGUGCAAGUUUGGAGCAAGCACAAAAAGAAUUCCAACGCGCGUUCGUGAAUAAUCCUACUGUACGUGGUGCCGCCGCUGAAGUAGCUCGUCAAGGUGUCAAUUCAGCUGUUAGUGGUGGAGGUAAUCAAAGAAGUGGCUAUUAA